AUGAUUAUGAAUCGAUUAUCUGCUAUUUUGCGUCGUUUGGUUUCUGAAGAGCAAGGAGCCUUUCUGCCUAGCAGAAGUAUUUUUGAGAACAUAAGUCUUACACAGGAAUUGGUUCAAGACAUAAAUAAACCAAUUCGGGGGGGUAACAUUAUGAUGAAAAUUGAUAUGGCCAAGGCUUAUGAUACGGUAGACUGGGAGUUUUUGUUGAAAGUGCUGAAUGCGUUUGGGUUUUCUUUGGGGUUUUGUAAGCUGAUUUCCAACUGUGUUUCUUCUUCUUGGUUCUCUGUGGUUAUGAAUGGCACUUCUAAGGCUGAUGAUAUGGUUAUUUUUUGGACUGGUAGAAAGAAAGAUGUGAGGAGCAUUUUAGAAGUUCUUGAUAUCUAUGCCCAGUGGUCUGGGCAAGUGGUCAACGCCUCGAAGUCAUCUAUAUUUUUCUCCAACCGUAUUCCAGAUUCUAGUUUUUCGAUGGGGAAUUUCCCAAUGCGAUAUUUGGGGGUUCCCAUUUUCUCUGGUAGGGUUAAAUCUUGGUAUUUUGAUGGCUUGUUGGUUAAAAUUUCUAAAAAGAUUGAGGGUUGGAAGAUGAGAUAUCUUUCUGCUGGUGCCAGAUUACUUCUCUGA